UUUAAAAGAAAUAUCUAUAAUCUUUAUGUAGUGCAUAUUAAAACUUCGUCGUGCUGCAAAGAAAAAAAAAACUGUCAUUUUGUAUUUUCUGUCACUUAUUAAGAUGUCAGGUAAAUUAAUCGUUCAUAGAUUUGAAACAGAGGAUAAGUUUCAAACAUUGCAAAUAUUAAUAGAAAAUGAUAAAACUACGAUUGACACAUGGCGCGAAGGCCGAGAUUAUCCUAAAAAGAAAGAAAAAGAUAAGCCACGGUUAACUGUUAAAGUUGUUUCCGAAGAUAAUUCAAGUAACAUAGAUCUCGAUUCAUGCGCAGAGAAAGUUGAGGAUACCUGUAAAUUCCCAAACAAUUUACAAGUGCAGCUUAAAAUCCAACAUUUAUCUGGGGAAACAAGUAAUGAUUUAAAGUCUGAAACAAAGAGCUUGAUUUUCAAUCGUAAUACUGAAAUAUCAACUAAACAUUAUAGGAUAGCCGAAACGGAAGAGAACCCGCAGAAAGUUUCAACAGAAACAUAUAUUGGCAGCUCAAUGAGUCCGCUUGAAUAUAGUCUCGAAAAAGUCAAAGAAAACAAUGCUCGGAUAAUGGAAAAUAUUCACAUGCUCAAUAGAACCUUAAAUUACACGAAAAAGAAGGAGAUAUUGGGAAUAAUCAAUCCGAAACCAUUACGCUCAUAUCCCUGUGAGGAAUGUGGAAAAUGUUUCGUAUACGAAACUGGCCUUUGGAGACAUUACUCUGUUAGACAUGGCAGUUUGGACAAACAUCAACGUUGGCAGUUUGUUUGGACUUGUACCGAGUGUUUUCAGGUGUGGCCACGACAAGACUUGGCCCUAAAGCACGCUAAUCAGUGCUGUAAAUCAGAUAACACGGACUGUGUUCGAGAGAUAAAGACAUCUUCACUAUUGCAGUGCGAAUUUUGUGAAAAGGUUUAUACAAGUAUACCUAGAUUACUGAGACAUCUUAAAAUGCACACUGUUACGAAAAAUUACGAAUGUAAUGCUUGUAAUAUAGCGUUUUCGUGUUACAAAACGGCAGAACAACAUUGGCUAAUAUGCUUGUGGUUGAAAAUGUAUUAUCAAUUUUCUUUGCCAAAACUACUUCUCUGUAAUGCCUGUGAUCGAAAAUUUAGAAAUUAUGAUCAGUUAUACAAUCAUCGGUACAAAGUAGGUCAUUUUAUACCAAAAUCAUCUGAUAAUGGUGAGAAUAACUGUGUAUUUAAACCCUCUCUUGUCUUUCAAUGUGAAAUUUGUGGACAGUGGUUUAAUGCAAUAUCACAAAUUCAAGAUCAUAGAAACCAGUAUCACCCCCAUUUCAACAGUGGAAUUCUAUAUAAUGCUGAGAUUCCAGUUACAUCAGAGACUUGA